AUGAUGCGUUGGCCGGAGAGCGGGGGCGUGGUGGCUGACGCUGGCUCCCGCCUGGCGUGGGAGCGUUUGCUGGGUGAGGCGUUCCUGGGGUCUGAGGCCGAUGGAAUGCCAGAUGCAUCCUCUUUGGAGGGUGCAUCCUGGACCUUUGAAUUUCGCUCCUACACCAAUGAGGAGGAGCUGGGCGCCAUGAUGUCGGCCCAGCUGGGUCUGCAAUGGUUGCUGUUUCGAGCGGUGGGCCGCACAUCCCUCAAGGUUGAGCAGGGAGGACAAGCAGAGUUGGAGGACACUUUUAUGCUCUUUGGCUUCCUCCCGGCGAAAAUCCGCUGGUGUGGGCGGCUGAUCAAGAAGGAUCCGGAGUUUCGCUGGGAGACCUCUGAGGCAGUCGUGGCCGGACUUUGGGUCAUCGACCGACCAGCUCCAGCUGAAAGACUGCGCAAAGAUCCAUGGAAAAUCCAAGCAGUCCUGGAGCCUUUGGUUGACGGCAAGAAGCGGCGGCUGGCUGUGCUGGAGAGAGUUGGACAUGGCCGGUUGGCUUUCCUCGAGGACACACCGACCCACAACACGCCAAAGAACGCGUGA